AUGCUUGAACUUGAUGGACGUCUCAACCAACUUUAUAAUCUUGCAAACCCGUUAGACCUGGAGCAGCAUCCUUCUCAAUCGCCAACCACUAUGGUCCUGACGACAACACUUACCACAGAAACCUCGGGUAACUGGACGCUUGAACCUGAGAACCACUUCUAUCUAACGCCAGAAGUGAAAAGCGUUUUGAUCAUCGUCUACUGUGCGACGACAUUUGCGUCCGUUUUCGGCAAUAUCCUGGCCAUUUUUGUGUUUGUCACGGGCAAACGAUGUCGCACGGACAUCCGGCCAUUUCUGAUUAACUUGGCCGUAGCUGACCUCAUCAUGGGCAUCUUUUGUAUCCCUUUUACAUUCACAGUGGUCAUCCUGGGUACGUGGAUUUUUACCAAACCCAUGUGCCCGAUCGUCCUCUUCCUGCAACUCUUCUCAGUCACAAUGAGUGUCUCAACCAACAUGGCCAUAGGCAUCGACCGGCUGAUAGCGGUAACCAACCCGCUAAAAUCUCGCAUUACCACAUCGAAGACACAUUACACGAUAGCCAGCAUCUGGCUGAUUGCUGUCUCCAUCGCGUCUGUUCAGUUUUUCGUUGCCAAAACCAAUGUCCACGGGAUUGGCGACAACGCCAAAAUGGAAUGCGCCGAGACGUGGUCAGAACCGGAACACCGAAUGGCCUACAGCUGGGUGGUCAUGUUGCUUACGUGUAUGGUACCACUUGUCAUGUUAAUAAUUACUUAUUCGAUUGUCGGUAAUGUUUUAUGGCGGAGGACUGCACCUGGAAACGCUGACGAAACACGAGACCAGCUAGCAAUCAGGGCAAAAAUUAAGGUCGUCAAGAUGUUGGCAACUAUCGUGGUUCUUUUUGGCAUUUGUUGGCUUCCGAUUCACAUAUUCAUUCUGCUAGUUAGGUUUCUCAGUUUAUUCAUAUCUAUCUAUCUAUCUAUCUAUCUAUCUAUCUAUCUAUCUAUCUAUCUAUCUAUCUAUCUAUCUAUCUAUCUAUCUUAG